GGCCAGAACUUCACGUUUGUGCUCACUGACAUUGACAGCAAACAGAGAUUCGGGUUCUGCCGCUUAUCUUCAGGAGCGAAGAGCUGCUUCUGUAUCUUAAGCUAUCUUCCUUGGUUUGAAGUCUUUUAUAAGCUACUCAACAUCUUGGCAGAUUAUACAACAAAAGGACAGGAGAGCCAGUGGAAUGAGCUUCUUGAAACUCUGCACAAACUUCCCAUCCCUGACCCCGGAGCGUCUGUUCAUCUCAGUGUGCAUUCUUAUUUUACUGUGCCUGAUUCCAGAGAACUUCCCAGCAUACCUGAGAAUAGAAAUCUGACAGAAUAUUUUGUGGCUGUGGAUGUAAACAACAUGUUGCAUCUGUAUGCCAGUAUGCUCUACGAACGCCGGAUUCUCAUCAUUUGCAGCAAACUCAGCACUCUGACUGCCUGCAUCCACGGUUCUGCUGCAAUGCUCUACCCCAUGUACUGGCAGCAUGUGUACAUCCCCGUCCUGCCACCACAUCUGCUGGACUACUGCUGUGCUCCCAUGCCCUACCUCAUAGGAAUCCAUUUAAGUUUAAUGGAGAAAGUCAGAAACAUGGCCCUGGAUGAUGUCGUGAUCCUGAACGUGGACACCAACACUCUGGAAACGCCCUUUGAUGACUUACAGAGUCUCCCAAAUGAUGUGGAGGAGCCCAUCACCUUCUCUGAGGAAGCCUUUGUGUCCCACUACCGCUCAGGGGCCAUGAGGCAGUUCCUGCAGAAUGCCACUCAGCUGCAGCUCUUCAAACAGUUUAUUGAUGGCCGAUUAGACCUUCUCAAUUCUGGUGAAGGUUUCAGUGAUGUUUUUGAAGAGGAGAUCAAUAUGGGCGAGUAUGCUGGUAGUGAUAAACUGUACCAUCAGUGGCUCUCCACAGUCCGGAAAGGAAGUGGAGCUAUUCUGAAUACCGUAAAAACGAAAGCAAAUCCAGCCAUGAAGACUGUCUAUAAGUUUGCAAAAGAUCAUGCAAAAAUGGGAAUAAAAGAGGUGAAAAACCGCUUGAAGCAAAAGGACAUCGCCGAGAAUGGCUGUGCCCCGACAACAGAAGAGCAGUUACCAAAGACUACACCAUCCCCACUGGUGGAGGCCAAAGACCCCAAGCUCCGAGAAGACCGGAGGCCAAUCACAGUCCACUUCGGACAGGUCCGCCCUCCCCGUCCACAUGUCGUUAAGAGACCGAAGAGCAACAUCACAGUGGAAGGCCGGAGGACAUCUGUCCCGAGCCCUGAGCACCUGGUAAAGCCCUUGCGACACUAUGCUGUCUUCCUCUCUGAAGACUCCUCUGAUGAUGAAUGCCAGCGGGAAGAGGGCCCGAGCUCUGGCUUCACGGAAAGCUUUUUCUUCUCUGCUCCCUUUGAAUGGCCACAGCCGUAUCGGACACUCAAGGAGUCAGACAGUGCAGAUGGUGACGAGGCAGAGAGUCCAGAGCAGCAGACGCGGGAACCUGUGGUCCCUGUCUCAGCUCCACCUGACCGGGCUGCCAGCAUUGACCUCUUGGAAGACAUCUUCAACAGCCUAGAAAUGGAGGCCCCUCUGCAGCCUCUGGGCCAGGCCAAGAGCCUGGAGGACCUUCGGAUGCCUAAAGAGCUUCGGGAGCAGCCGGGGACCUUUGAUUAUCAGAGACUGGACCUGGGUGGGAGUGACAGAAGUCUCGGGAUGCCAGUGGCCUUGAAGCUUGCCCACCCAUACAACAAGCUCUGGAGCCUGGGCCAGGACGACAUGGCCGUCCCCACCAAGCUUCCUGCUGCUUCCCCCGAGAAGCCCUCAGCCCUGCUAGAGAACUCCCCAGCAUUGCACCGCCGACCUCAGAACCGGGACUGUGUCCUGAACUCCAGCAACAAGGAGGAGGUCCCCACACCCCCUCCAGGCAGUAUCACCAUUCCCCGGCCCCAGGGCAGGAAGACCCCAGAGCUGGGCAUCGUGCCACCGCCACCCACCGCCCGUCCUGCCAAGCUUCAGGCUGCCGGCACCACGCUUGGCGACUUCUCCUCAGAGCGUAUGCAAGUCGAGUGGGAAAGGCGGGCUGCCCCAAGCCCUGCCCCAUUUCCAGGGUGCCUCCCCAGCACUGCCCCUCGAGAUGCCCCUGAACUGCUUCAGCCUCUCACUGUGGCCCCAGGAGCCACUGGCCCAGGCAGUGAUGCCCUGCUUGCCCUCCUGGACCCACUUCACACAGCCUGGCCAGGCAGCACCUUUCCACCAGUGCCACCCCCAACAAAUGUAGCCACCCCAUUCACCCCGCAAUUCAGCUUCCCACCCGCGGGGACUGCUACCCCAUUCCCACAGCCAUCACUCAACCCCUUUGUCUCAUCCAUGCCAGCCUCACUGCCCACCAUGCCACUGGUCUCCACACCCACCAGGCCUUUUGGGGUGCCGCCUGCCUCACUGGCUCCGACUUUUGCACCCAGCCUCCUACUGUCAAAUUCCAGCUUUUGUGUGCCACACAGGUCUCAGCCCAACCUGUCCGCCCUCUCCAUGCCCAACCUCUUUGGCCAAAUGCCCAUGGGCUCCCACACCAGCUCCCUGCAGCCACUGGGACCCCCAGCAGUCACCCCUUCAAGGAUCCGAACGUUGCCCCUGGCCCGCUCAAGUGCCAGGGCUGCUGAGGCCAAGCAGGGGCUGACCCUGAGGCCUGGAGACCCCCCACUCCUUCCUCCCAGGCCCCCACAAGGCCUGGAACCAGCGCUGCAGCCCUCUGCUCCUCUGGAGGCCAGAGACCCCUUUGAGGAUUUGUUACGGAAAACCAAGCAAGAUGUGAGCCCGGCCCCUGCCCCAGGCUCAGUGGAGCAGCUCAGGAAGCAGUGGGAAACGUUUGAGUGA